UUUAGGAAAAUCGUUAGGCGGCACGGCAGACAGCACCGCAAUGCUCUAAGAAUGUUGGAUAAUUGUCUCGAAAUACUUCCAUUACCGAGCAAUUAACAAGCAUUUCAGCCAAUAAUCUCUCCAUUUUCCUCAAUUUCCCCUCUUAUGUAGACCAUACGAUUCUCGGGAAGGCAGGCGAUUGGCCAGGUUUAAGCAUCUGGGAAUCACUCCAACGAGACUUUUCAAUGAUUGUGAAACUCUGGACGAGAAACAGCGGCGUCAAAGGAAUUAUCACGUCGAGGGGCCACUUGUUGGAGCUGGAUUGCCUCUGUUAGUGUUUGCUGCUGUUUUUGGAGCCGUAUCUCUUGGUUUUUUCCUUGCCUUCUGCCGAUGACUCUGGAUCUGGAUAUGCUUACUACCGAGUAAUGUAUUUGUGAUUUUGUUAUUGUAUUGUUGGUUAUGACGGUGGGUGGAGGUGGAGAUCGAGUUGAGAAUUUUUGCGGCGUUCGAGUUUUUGGUGCUUGAGAUGCUUGCUGGGCUUCUUUUUGAAGAAUGGUGAACUGAAAUUGUGACUUGGGUUUUCUAUCCCUAUGAGGCGGAGUAGCCGUCGGGGAUUUUCGGAAUCAACAUGAUUGAUCAGUUCAUCAAUUUUGUAAUUCGGCCGCCUAGGGCGGAUUAUAACCCUGAUCAAUAUUUAUGGGAGAAAAACUUCACUCUCGCCGGUAGAGCGUAUCAGCGACAGGAUUUGGAGCUAAGAAAUUCGAGGGGCCAUACCUUGCAAUGCAGUCAUUAUUUGCCUUCACCUUGUCCUGAAGAUGCCCCUCUGCCUUGUGUCAUAUAUUGCCACGGUAACAGUGGAUGUAGAGCAGAUGCUAAUGAGGCUGCUGUCAUACUACUUCCAUCAAAUAUUACUGUUUUCACGCUUGAUUUUUCGGGUUCAGGCUUGUCUGAUGGAGAUUAUGUCAGCCUUGGUUGGCAUGAGAGAGAUGACCUUAAGGUUGUGGUGACAUACUUAAGAAGCAACAAACAAGUAUCCCGUAUAGGUCUCUGGGGAAGAUCCAUGGGUGCUGUAACUAGUCUUCUUUAUGGAGCUGAAGAUCCUUCCGUAGCUGGAAUGGUGCUUGACAGUGCCUUUUCUAACCUUUACGAUCUAAUGAUGGAACUAGUUGAUGUAUACAAGAUCCGACUGCCUAAAUUCACGGUAAAGAUGGCUGUUCAAUACAUGCGGAGGGUAAUUGAGAAGAAGGCGAAGUUUGAUAUCAUGAAUCUUAACUGCUUGCAGGUCACUCCAAAAACUUUCAUUCCUGCUUUGUUUGGGCAUGCUAAUUGGGACAAGUUCGUACAACCUCAUCACUCGGAACUCAUCUAUAAUUCAUAUGCGGGGGAUAAAAAUAUUAUAAAGUUUGACGGGGAUCAUAACUCAUCCAGACCACAAUUCUAUUAUGACUCAGUUUCUAUUUUCUUCUAUAAUGUUCUUCAUCCUCCUCAGUUAUCUUCUGCUUCUCAUGCAAGUAAGCUUGAGAAAUAUUAUGAUUUAGGGGAUUUGAAGAUUGGGCCUGAUAUGGAUGAGAAUCUAAUAUACGAGAUAAUCUCGAGUCUUCAUUCUACUGGAAAUGAUGCUGCUGCUUCAUCUUCUGCUCCUAGUGUUCCAACCACAAAAUUUGUUGGUGAACUGAUUUCUGAAAUUCCUUCAGUCACUGAAAUAGAUUCCACGCCUAAUGACCAUUGCACAAUUAACAGUGAUGAGCCAUCACAUUUGCAGGACCAGCCAAAUGGUGAAACUGAAGAAUGUUGCUCGUAUACAAGUUCGAAUAGAGAAAGCUGGGGAAGAUGCUCUUCUCUAGGGGGCAGUGAUGAAGAAUCUUCUACUGCUUGUGUAGUUUCUAAAAACAAAUUUCAGGAGACUCUAGAAGCAUUUCCAACACCUCUCCGAAACACACAAGGAAAACCAUCAGAUUUGUCGAAAGACGACAAGAAAAAGAAGAAAAAGAAGAAAGCUGCAACGUCUCAGAAGAAGUCGAAAACCGAGAAACUAGAAGCCCUUAGUAGACACCUUCGGCUUUGCAUUUUAAGGCGAGUAAACCGUUGAAGAGGGCCCUUCAUGAUUUACACUGUACCAUACCCACAACAUUGUAAAAUGGCGGCCAUCGUAUCUUUAGACUAAAUUGUAGUAGCUCUCCCACCUCCCAACAACAAAAAGAACAAAGUUGGCAGUAACCAUUUAGAUUCUUAUCAGUAAAUUGACCUGUGCGGUUGUUUGUAUCAUUUUGUUUCAUCCAUUACUUCAUUUAGGAGUUGUUACAAAUUUAAAAAAAUUGCAGAACAGUUGUAUCUUAGAACUAAAUGGAAAAGGAGGUAAAAUUCGAAAUUUUGGCAUGAA